AUGGAAAAUUUCAUAGAAAUAAAAUUCGAUCAAGAUCCUUUCAAAAAAACUCGACAUGCCAAUUGGAUGAAAAAUCCUCCCACCCCAUUAGGAAUGGAACUCGAAGAAUUGUUAAAUCCUAGCGAUCGUAAACCCGACCGGGCAAACCCUCCACGUCCACAAGGUCCAUUCGUCCUAUACAGACGAAAUUUUAAUGCGUUAAUGAAAAGGACACCGCACUAUAUUAAUUUUAACGAAACAAGCACCCUGGCUAAAUUUCGAUGGGAUAACGCAUCCGAAGUCGAAAAAGAGUUUUUUCACAUGUUGGCCGACAAGGCAAAAGAAAUCCACGCGGGUCUUUACCCAAAUUACAAAUAUCAGCCAACGAAAA